CUCAGAAAUUUCUUAAGAAUACUCUUAAGUCGCUAAGAAAAUUCUCAGCUAAGAGUUACACUUAAAAGUGUAGUUAUAAUGACUCUGAGCGUAACUCUUAGCUAAGAGGAAAAGGAAACUCUGAGCGUAACUCUUAGAGCUGACAUUGGUCGUAACCAGGGGAUUCCCUGUGCUAUAUUUAGAAUUUAAAGCACUCUUCCGGUUUGGAGGCGAAAAUUUAUACCACGUGACAGUCACAUGAUGUAAACAAGCAGACGUGAAUCUGACAUCUGUCAAAACUUCGCGCGAUGGAUUCAUCACACAUUGUUUCGAUGAAACGCAAGCCUAAUUGGACAUCUGACCAGUCAUUGCUGUUGGUCCAACUUGUUGAUGAGCGGAAAUCAAUCAUCAAGGGCAAGUUUGGACCGGGAGUAACAUCCAGAAUGAAGAAGGAGGCAUGGGGGGAGGUGGCAGCCAAUAUCAACGCUGCAUUUCCUAACGUUGUUAGGUCAAGCGAUGACUGCGAGAAAAGAUGGUACAACAUCCAGUCCAAGUCAAGGCAAGAAAUAUCUGCUUUCAAGAGACAGCUCAGUGGCACUGGAGGAGGACCUGGUCCAAGCAAGUUGAGUGCUGUUUCUGAAGCAGUAUAUGAUGUUCUUGGCCAAUCCAAUGUCAGUAUAAGUGGAAUUGAGGGGAGCUUCGAUUCAACCCUUUUGCAAGUCAUGGACAUAUCAAACAGAAGUCAGGAAGCUGCUGUCGUUGAAGCUGAGGCCCACUUGCCCCUGGAUGUGCUAUCUUCACCCCAGCCCAGCUGUGCAGCAUUCACCACUCCAGUUCUACCCUGCACAAGCAAUGGACACCUCAGUGACAGAGAACUUUCAAGGAAAAAAAAUUGUUACAGAUUGAUGUGCUUCAGCUCCAGAAAGAACUGUUAAUGCUUAAAUUGGAAAAGAUGAAGACAGAUCAAUCUAAUAUGUAAAUGCAAGAACCAUGUCUGUACAUGCUUACCAAUAUCAUAAUUGUUUUAAUUUCUAUAGGGUAAACAUGGUUGCAGUAGAGAUAUUGAAGGUGCUGUUUCAAAAUCAUUAUUGUAUUGAUUUGCAUGCAUUUUCUAAAUAAAUGUUGCUACAUACUCUGAAAGUGAA